AUGGACGACUUGUCGGACAUGGAUCCAGGACCAGAAGAUGAUUAUGAAGAGGAUGAUGACCUGCGGAUCCACGGAGAAGCGUGCUUCCGAUAUACCGACCGUAGAACAUGGUAUGAGAAAGUGAUUAGAGGCUUCAAUAAGGUUUUCCAUAAACAUGGAAAAGAAAUCGAACGUCUCCCUGAACACUCAAUAUAUGGAUGCUUUGGUGUUAUCGAAGGAAGAGGAACAAAGCACGAUUGUGUGUCUUUCACGUGUAUCUAUAUGAAACAGUGA